GCCCUUUCUCUCCUCCAUCUCACACACACACUCUCUCUCUCCAAAGCUCUUGCAUUUUCUGCAGCUCCUUUUUUCGGGGAUUUUCUUGGGAAUCGUGCCACAUGGGGAAGGACGUUGAGGUGGCGGAACACGGAGAGUUCACGGCCAAGGACUACACGGACCCUCCUCCGGCGCCGUUGAUCGACGUCGAUGAACUGACCCAGUGGUCCUUCUACAGGGCCCUGAUCGCCGAGUUCAUCGCGACGCUUCUCUUCCUGUACAUCACGGUCGCGACGGUGAUCGGUUACAAAAGCGAGGUGGACCCCACCAAGAAUACCGCCCCUGAUGCGGCUUGCAGUGGAGUCGGCAUCCUCGGCAUCGCGUGGGCCUUUGGUGGAAUGAUCUUCAUCCUCGUCUACUGCACGGCUGGGAUUUCUGGUGGGCACAUAAACCCGGCAGUGACGUUCGGCCUGUUCCUAGCGAGGAAGGUCUCCUUGAUCCGGGCCGUGCUGUACAUGGUGGCCCAGUGCUUGGGUGCUAUCUGCGGCGUCGGCUUGGUGAAGGGCUUCCAGAAGUCUUACUAUGACAGGUACGGUGGUGGGGCCAACGAGCUAGCCGACGGCUACAACAAGGGCACGGGCUUGGGCGCGGAGAUCAUCGGGACCUUCGUGCUUGUCUAUACCGUCUUCUCCGCCACCGAUCCCAAGAGGAACGCCAGGGAUUCUCACGUUCCGGUUUUGGCGCCUCUCCCCAUCGGAUUUGCCGUUUUCAUGGUCCAUCUUGCGACGAUCCCGAUCACAGGCACCGGCAUCAACCCAGCUAGAAGUUUUGGGGCCGCUGUCAUCUACAACAAAGAUAAGGCUUGGGAUGAUCAGUGGAUCUUCUGGGUGGGCCCAUUCAUCGGUGCCGCCAUUGCUGCCGCAUAUCACCAGUACAUCCUCAGGGCGGCAGCCAUCAAAGCUCUUGGCUCCUUCAGAAGCAAUCCGCACGUUUGAUUCUCCCCUCAAAAGAAAUAAUGGUGUGAAUGUCUAUGGAAGGUUUGUCAGUCAGUCCGUCAGCGCAGCUGGUCUGUUAAAGUUUCUGGGUCUUUUGCAGAGAGAGCUGAGGGACCAUGAAUUGUAGAUAAAUCCGUUUGGUAGGGUUUUGUGUUCCUGUUUGUCUAGCCACUUUGUGUUCAGCUUUUUUUUACUUGGAAUGUACUAAGUGUUGUUACCUUUUUUCUCGUCCAUCUUCUUCUUUUAUGUACGUUACAUGAACUAGCAAAUGUUUUGCCUUUAUCA